CCUCUUAUCCUACCCUCCCGUUGCCUAUAUAAAUACUUCAACGUCCAAAUCCUUUUACCUUCUUACGGCAUAAACAUUUUCACCUGAUAUUUAGGACAAACGCGAUUCUCAGAAAAUCCGCUUCUCAAAAAAACCAGAGAGCUCGAUCAUAAUCCGAGAUAACAUGGAAGAUCCACAAGUGGAGCACAAUAUUUGGGUCAUAUGGAGAGGUAAAAGGUUUAAUGUGGAGAUCAGUUCGGAUGCUACUGUUAAGGAUCUCGGGCAUGAACUGCAAAAGUUAACGGAUGUUAAAGCAGAUACGAUGAGGCUAAUUAUUCCGCAGUUCUCGGAUAAAAGCUCAAAAAUGUUGUCUCCCUUCUCUGAUGAGCAUCAGAACUUGAGUUUACAGGAAGCUUCCAUCGUUGAGGGGAAGUCCAUCAGAAUGAUGGGAGUGUCUGAAAACGAGGUUGAUGAAGUUUUACAAAAUGCAAAGGCAAACUUAAGGAUAGCUGGAUUUGAUGAAGAGGAAAAGAGACUGAGGCAGCGGAUGACAGGCAGGCCUCAGAGUCUGAAACUACCGCAAGGACCUUAUAUCUUUUGUGAAUUCCAGACACUUCAACUUCCAGGAAUUGAGUUGAACCCUCCGGCUUCAGAGGCGUUGAAAAGAAUGCACAUGCUUGCUGCAGAUCCUGGAAUUAUUUCUGUCAUGAACAAGCAUCGUUGGCGUGUGGGAAUCAUGACUGAAAUGGCCCCUGUUGGUUAUGUUGGCAUAAGUCCCAAAUGCAUCCUCGGCUUCAAUAAGAACCAUGGAGAGGAGAUAUCUCUGCGUCUUCGAACAGAUGACCUCAAGGGUUUCAGGAAAUAUGAGAGUAUCAAGAAAACUCUUCUGCAUGAACUUGCUCACAUGGUAUAUUCUGAACAUGAUGCGAACUUUUAUGCUUUGGAUAAACAGUUGAACCAAGAAGCUGAGAGUUUAGAUUGGACGAGAUCAACAAGUCACACACUGAGUGGAGUGCGGUACCCGGAACGGUAUGAAGAAGACUUCAUUGUUGGAGACAGAAGUAAUUCUUCUCAGAAGCUUGGAGGAAAUAUAUCUGAUCGGCUGCCAAGCGCUCGUUCAGCUUCAGUGGUUGCUGCUUAUCACCGUAUGGCAACUGUUUCUCAUGAUAGUGUCUCUGAAGCACAUGAAGAAUCACAUCCUGAUGAUUCCGGGUCAAAUAUGCAAAAAGAAUCCAAACUUCAGAAGAACCCUGAUAUAGAGCCUGAUCCUGAUGCCCAGUCUGAUAAUCAGAACAAGUUUGAGCCCAGUCCUGAUGAUUCUCAGGGAACUAAUGAAUCAUCCUCACAAUUUACAGGAAGCGGGACCUUAUUUGGAAAAGAUUUCAGGGGUCAAGCAAGGAAUAAUGUGGAUGAACCUGAUCCUGAUGACUUGGAUGCAAAAGCAGAUAAUUUAGGAUAUGGUUCAUUUGGAAAUAUUAUAAGACCUAAACACGACAGUUCUUUGGUUACUGAAACCAUCAAACAUGAAGACAAUCCAAGGAAGGCUUAUUAUGAACCUGAUCCUGAUGAUUCUCAAUCAAAUGGAGUCAAUCAGGCAGAUCUUGAUCCUGAUACUAAUUUGGUGCAUCCACAGGAUACAUCCAGAAUGCAGAUUGAUGAACCCGAUCCAGAUGAUCAAGAGUUUCAGAGAAUUCAAGACCCUGUUACAAUUUUUUGUAAACGCUUGCAGGAGAACAUUAUGAUGCUGCAAGCUGAGGUUAAUCCCACACAGGCUACCAGAGUCCUCCAAACACUCUUUAAGAUAAUAAGGAAUGUGCUUGAACACCCAGGUGAGAUGAAAUACAGGAAACUUCGCAAGGCGAACCCCGCAAUCCAGAGGAAUGUGGCAAACUACAAAGCUGCCAUGGAAUUCCUUCUCCUGAUUGGCUUCAACGAAAGCGUCGUGGAUGAAGUUGGAAAGCAAGAGACUUAUCUUGUGCUGAAGCGAGAUGAUCCGGGCUUAUUAUGGCUUGCCAAGUCCACCCUUGAGACAUUUGUUUCCUAAAGACACAUUUCCAAGCAAAGAGUCUGCAAUGUCUGUGUGUGUGAUCUCUUCUGUAUUGCGUUGCCUGUAAUGCCUGCUUGGCUGCACUUUUUGCCUUACAUUGUAACAUAUCCGAGUAGAACAUUGUUGAAUAUAUGAUUACUUGGCUUAAGAUCAUGUCAGGUCAACAUUGUAAAUAAAAAUGGCUGUUUUAGACUC